ACCGGCGGGCAGAAGGGGAAGCCGAACUGUAAACAUGGCGGCGUGCAGAGGCAGGAGUCUCUGCGGCCAACUCCCACCAUCUUAGAGGGCCGCGACGCGUAGAUUAAGCGCUGACCAUGGAGACUGAGGAGGAGCAGCAGCACAUGACCACGCUGCUGUGCAUGGGCUUCCCGGAUCCGGUCGCCAUCCGCAAAGCCUUGCGCCUUGCCAAGAACGACAUUAAUGAGGCGGUGGCCCUGCUCACCAACGAAAGCCCCGGGCUCGGCUACACAUACGAGCCCAUGGAGAGCGGUCCCGGGCAAGGCUUAGGGAGCGACGGGGACAGCGGCGGAGGAGGUGGCGGCGGGCGCGGCCGUGGGGGCAAUGGGAGCGGCGGAUUCGACCCGCCUCCAGCCUAUCACGAUGUCGUGGACGGAGAGAAGAGCAAUGAUGAGAAUGGCAAUUGUUCAGGUGGCAACAUAGAGUUCCCCACUACUAAUCUGUAUGAGCUGGAAAGCCGGGUGUUUACAGACCACUGGUCCAUUCCUUAUAAACGGGAGGAAUCCUUGGGCAAGUGCCUGAUAGCUUCCACGUGCCUGGCAAGACUUGGUCUUGCAGAUGCCGAUGAAAAUUGCAAAAGAUUCAUGGAUAGAUGUAUGCCAGAAGCAUUGAAGAAGUUGUUGACGUCAAGUGCCGUUCAUAAAUGGGGUACAGAAAUCCAUGAAGGCAUCUACAACAUGCUUAUGUUAUUGGUGGAAUUGGUAGCCGAACGAGUGAAGCAGGACCCCAUUCCUGUCGGAUUAAUGGCAGUGCUAACCAUGGCAUUCAAUCCUGACAAUGAAUAUCAUUUCAAAAAUCGUAUGAAGUCCUGCCAGAGGAACUGGGCUGAUGUGUUUGGGGAAGGCAGCAUGUUUGCUGUGCCGCUCAACAGCUCAUAUCCAAAGGAGCCCCAUGGCUGGCUUGUUGACUUGGUCAAUCGGUUUGGCGAGAUGGGUGGUUUUGCUGCUAUACAAUCCAAGUUGCACUCUGAGGAUAUUGAAAUUGCGUCUGUCUCAGCCCUUGUCCAGCCUCUUGGUGCCUGUGCAGAAUAUCUGAACUCCAGCUUGGUACAGCCCAUGCUGGAUCCAGUCAUCCAUAAAAUGAUAACAUAUGUGCAAAAUUUAGAGGAGAAAGAUUUAAAGGAUAAGCGGCUGGUCAGCAUCCCAGAGCUCCUGUCUGCCAUAAAGCUCUUAUGCAUGAGGUUUCAGCCAGACCUAGUGACUGUAGUGGAUGACCUUCGCCUAGAUAUUCUGCUGCGUAUGCUGAAAACACCACAUUUUAGUGCCAAAAUGAACUCCCUGAAGGAGGUAACCAAGCUGAUUGAGGACAGUACGGUGACCAAAUCUGUGAAGAAUGCUAUCGACUCAGACCGCCUGUUGGACUGGCUAGUGGAGAACUCUGUGCUGUCCAUAGCUCUUGAAGGGAACAUUGAUCAGGCACAAUACUGUGAGCGGAUCAAGGGUAUCAUUGAGCUGCUUGGAAGCAAACUAUCUUUAGAUGAGCUUUCCAAGAUCUGGAGAAUCCAGUCUGGCCAGUCCUCCACGGUUAUCGAAAAUAUUCACAGCAUCAUCGCAGCAGCAGCUGUGAAGUUCAGCUUUGAACAGCUUAGUCACCUGUUUGUCCUGAUUCAGAAGAGCUGGGAAGUGGAAAGUGAUAGAGUACGGCAGAAGCUUCUAAGCCUCAUUGGACGAAUUGGACGAGAAGCUCGUUCAGAGGCAACAACAGGCAAGGUACUGGAGGUCCUCUGGGAACUGGCCCAUCUGCCUACAUUGCCCACUGGCCUAGUUCAGCAGGCAUUAGAGGAGCAUUUAACCAUCCUGAGCGACGCCUGUUCUGUGAAGGAGGGGGUGAAAAGGAAUUAUAUUAUCAAGUGUAUUGAGGACAUUAAGAAAUUAUCCCAACAGAGCAACCCUCAAACCAUGUGGGUAGUGCCAGCACUUCGACAGCUUCAUGAGAUCACGCGCUCUUUCAUCAAGCAAACUUAUCAGAAGCAAGACAAGAGUAUCAUUCAAGACUUGAAGAAGAACUUUGAGAUUGUCAAGCUUAUCACAAGCAGCCUUGUUUCUUGCCAUAGACUGGCUGUGUCCAUUGCUGGACCUUCUGGUCUUUCUGGCUGCACACUUGUGGAUGGCAGAUACACUUACCAGGAGUACCUGGAAAGUCACCUCAAGUUCUUGGCAUUUUUCCUCCAAGAAGCUAGUCUCUACCUCGUGUGGAACCGUGCCAAGGAGUUAUGGGAAUGCCUAGUGUCAGGUCUAGAUGUGUGUGAACUUGACCGUGAGAUGUGCUUUGAAUGGUUCACAAAAGGACAGCAUGAUCUAGAGAGUGACGUCCAGCAGCAGCUCUUCAAGGAAAAAGUUCUUAAAUUAGAGCCAUACGAAAUAACCAUGAAUGGCUUUAAUCUAUUCAAGACCUUCUUUGAAAAUGUCAACCUCUGUGAUCAUCGCCUCAAGAGACAGGGAGCACACCUGUUUGUGGAGAGACUGGACCUGACGGGCAUGGACUUCAUCUGGAGGAUAGCUAUGGAGUCGCCUGAUGAAGAGAUAGCUAAUGAAGCCAUACAGCUGAUCAUCACAUACAGCUACAUCAACCUCAACCCCAAAAUGAAGAAGGAUUCUGUUUCCUUGCACAAGAAGUUCAUAGCUGACUGUUACAAACGUCUGGAGGCUGCCAGCUCGUCACUGGGUGGACCGACUCUCACACAUGCUGUGACCAGAGCCACCAAGAUGCUGACAGCUACAGCUAUGCCCACUGUGGCCACAUCAGUCCAGUCUCCUUCCAGGUCAACAAAGUUGGUGAUAAUUGAGCGACUGCUGCUGCUUGCUGAAAGAUACGUCAUCACGAUUGAGGAUCUUUACUCGGUUCCACGGACAAUUCUACCUCAUGGCGCUUCCUUCCAUGGACACCCUGUGACACUGAACGUCAUGUGCGAGUCCACCAAAGACACCUUUACACUGGAAGCACACAGCAAUGAAACUAUUGGCAGCAUCCGAUGGAAGAUAGCAGAGCAACUUAACUGUCCUGUGGACAAUGUGCAGAUCUUUGCCAAUGACAGCGUGCUCACAAUGAAUAAAGAUCAGAAGCUCCUCAACCAGCUGGGUUUUUCAGAUGAGCAAAACCUGACUGUAAAGACUUCAGGAACAGGAACACCCUCAGGGAGCUCUGCUGACUCGUCAGCCAGUGCUAGUAGUAGCAGCAGCAGUAGCAGUAGUGUCUUCAAUUCUGCAUAUGCCCUAGAACAGGAGAAGUCCUUGCCUGGUGUGGUUAUGGCUUUGGUGUGCAAUGUAUUCGAAAUGUUGUACCAACUUGCUAAUCUGGAUGAGCCUAGGAUUACCCUUCGAGUUCGAAAGCUGCUCCUGCUUAUUCCCACUGAUCCUGAAGUCCAGGAUGCUCUUGAUAACUUUGUUCCUAAAGAGUCAAGUGUCUGGAGCCACCAGAAAACACUUUUCACUGUGGCUUCAGGGUCCCAAGCUUCCAAGUCUCCUUCCCUGAGCUCCAAGCAACAGCACCAGCAGUCUGCCACAUCUAUCCUGGAGAGCCUUUUCCGUUCCUCUGCUCCUGGCAUGUCCACAUUUCGUGUGCUCUACAAUUUGGAGGUCCUCAGCUCCAAAUUAAUGCCAACUUCUGAUGACGAAAUGGCAAAGACCAGUGUGAAGUCAUUCUGUGAGAAUUUUCUGAAGGCUGGAGGUUUAAGUCUUGUAGUAAAUGUAAUGCAGCGGGAUUCCAUUCCUUCAGAAGUUGACUACGAGACACGCCAGGGAGUCUACUCUAUCUGUCUGCAGCUGGCCAGGUUCCUCUUAGUUGGACAAUCAAUGCCCAGCACACUGGAUGAGGAAAUGACAAAAGAAGGCUUAGAUACACUGUCCUCCCGGCCUUUCCGCAAUGUAAGCCGCCAAGCUAGCAGGCAAUUGUCCCUUUGUGGCACCCCAGAGAAGUCAUCCUACAGGCAAAUGUCAUUGUCGGACCGUUCAUCUAUUAGGGUUGAGGAAAUCAUCCCUGCUGCCAGAGUGGCUAUUCAGACUAUGGAAGUUACUGACUUCACCUCCACAGUUGCCUGCUUCAUGCGGCUCACUUGGGCUGCUGCAGCUGGCCGUUUAGAUCUAGUAGGAAGCAGUCAGCCUAUUCGGGAGAGCACCAACACUCUGUUCCCUGGGGGAAUCCGCAGCCGUUUGAGUAGUACUGGAAGUAAUUGCAGCUCAGGUAGUGAAGGGGAGUCGACAACACUGCAUGCAGGAAUCUGUGUUAAGCAGAACUCUGUCUCCAUCAAGGAUACCAUCAUUGCCCGGGAGGCCUUAUCCCUGUUGGUUACCUGUUUGCAAUUGCGAUGCCAACAGUUAGGGUCCUUCUAUAACUUGCCUUGCGUUAGUGACUUCAUCAUUGACAUUCUCUUAGGCUCCCCCAGUGAGGAGAUCCGUCGUGUGGCCUGUGACCAGCUGUACACUCUGAGUCAGACAGACACCUCUGGAUUCUCAGACCUGCAAAAACCCAACCUCUUUCUCCUGAGGCUCAUCCUCACAGCACAGCUGCCAUUAUGGUCACCAACAAGUAUCAUGAGAGGGGUAAACCAAAGGUUGCUGUCCCAGUGCACUGAGUACUUUGACUUGCGUUGCCAGCUGCUUGAUGACCUGACGUCUUCUGAGAUGGAACAACUGCAUGUAAGCCCUGCCACCAUGCUUGAAGAUGAAAUCAGCUGGCUUGAUAACUUUGAGCCAACAUGGACGGCAGAGCUGGAGACCAGUGAGGCAGAUAAUAUCCUGCUGGCAGGCCACCUGCGACUCAUCAAAACUCUUCUAUCACUGUGCGGGACAGAGAAGGAACAGCUGGGCCCAUCACUGAUCCAGCAGCUGCUUGAUGACUUCCUAUUCCGUGCCUCCAGGAUCAUACUGAAUAGCAACAGCUCAGCCAGCAGUGUAGCCAUCAGUCAGCAAGACUUCCACCCAAAGUGCAGCACAGUAAAUAGCCGCUUGGCUGCCUAUGAGGUGCUGGUCAUGCUGGCAGACAGCUCCCUGGGAAACUUGCAGCUAAUUACCCAAGAACUACUGUCAAUGCACCACCAGGCAGACCCUGCCCUUACUAAAGAGUUUGAUUAUCUACCUCCAGUGGAGAGUCGGUGCAGCUCUGGCUUUGUGGGACUGAAGAAUGGUGGUGCCACCUGUUACAUGAAUGCUGUAUUCCAGCAAUUGUACAUGCAGCCAGGUCUCGCUGAGGCAUUCCUAUCUAUUGAUGAUGAGACAGAAAACCCAGAAGAGAGUGUUUUUUAUCAGGUUCAGUCACUGUUUGGGCACUUGAUGGAGAGCAAGCUGCAGUACUAUGUCCCAGAGAAUUUCUGGAAGAUAUUUAAGAUGUGGAAUAAGGAGUUAUAUGUGCGGGAGCAGCAAGAUGCUUAUGAGUUUUUCACCAGCCUAGUUGAUCAGCUAGAUGAACACCUUAAGAAAAUUGGCAGAGAGCAGAUCUUCAAGAACACAUUUCAGGGAAUUUUCUCAGAUCAGAAAAUCUGUAAGGAUUGCCCACACAGAUAUGAGCGUGAAGAAACCUUCAUGGCAUUGAAUUUAGGGGUGACGUCCUGCCAGAGCCUGGAGAUAUCACUGGACCAGUUUGUCAGAGGAGAGGUGCUAGAAGGCAGCAAUGCAUACUACUGUGAGAAAUGCAAAGAGAAGCGAACCACUGUCAAGCGCACCUGCAUCAAAUCUCUGCCAAGCGUCUUGGUGAUCCACCUCAUGAGGUUUGGCUUUGACUGGGAGAGUGGUCGCUCCAUCAAGUAUGAUGAGCAGAUCCGGUUUCCCUGGGUCCUCAACAUGGAGCCUUACACAGUGUCAGGAAUGGCGCGCCAGGACUCUAGUUCAGAGCAUGGAGAUAAUGGUCGAGGAGAGCCAGGGUCAGGUGGCUCCCCUAGGAAGAAAGUGACCAUUUCUGAAAACUACGAGCUGGUGGGCGUAGUUGUCCACAGUGGCCAGGCCCAUGCAGGACACUACUAUUCAUUCAUCAAGGACAGACGGGCGGGCUCCAAAGGCAAGUGGUACAAGUUCAACGACAAUGUGGUGGAGGAGUUUGACAUGAAUGAUGAGACACUGGAGUAUGAGUGUUUUGGUGGAGAGUAUAGGCCAAAGGUCUAUGAUCAGUCCAAUCCAUACCCUGAUGUACGUAGGCGCUACUGGAAUGCGUACAUGCUCUUCUACCAAAGGAUUUCUGAGCAAAAUUCGCCUCUGUUGCCUAAGAAGAGCCGUGUAAGCGUCAUGCGCCAGGAAGCAGAAGACUUGUCUCUGUCAGCACCUUCUUCACCUGAAAUCUCUCCUCAGUCUUCCCCCCGGCCUCCUAGAGCAAACAAUGAUCGGCUCUCACUGCUGACUAAACUAGUAAGAAAAGGAGAGAAGAAGGGCCUCUUUGUCGAAAAAAUGCCUGCAAGAAUCUAUCAGAUGGUCCGAGAUGAGAACUUGAAGUUCAUGCGCAACCGGGACAUCUACAACAGUGACUACUUCAACUUUAUCCUCUCUCUGUCUUCCGUCAAUGCGACAAAGCUAAAACAUUUGUCCUACCAGGCAAUGGCAAAGGUGAGCCUAGAACUGGCCAUCCAGUUUCUCUUCCACACAUACCUCCGAACCAAGAAGAAGCUUAGGGUGGACACGGAGGAGUGGAUUGCAACAAUUGAGAACUUGCUAUCCAAAAGCAGUCAGGCUUGCCAGUGGCUGAUUGAAUACUUAGUCAGCUGUGAAGGACGGGAGCUCAUCAAGAUUUGUUUGCUUGAGUCCAGUGUGCGUGAAGUGCGAGGUGUUGUGGCAACUAUCUUAGAGAAGACACUGGAAAAUGGACUGCGUUACCAGGAUAAGGGUCUUGACCAGUUACUGGAAGUGCUUCUGUUCCUUCUGGAGAAGGAUGUCCCGGAGAACUGCAAGAACUGCUCGCAGUACUUUUCUUUGUUUAGCAGUUUCCUGCAAAAGGGUCUGCAGCCCUGUCAACUCCUCCUCAAGCACUUGGCCUUCAAGCGAAUGUUGAUCUUCCUGCUUGGACCUGUUCGACAGAGCAAUACAAGCCGACGCUGGAGCUCCACACAGGCUAGAGAGUUCCUGCACCUACACAACUCCCUCUGCAUCAUGGUUCUGCACUCUGACCUGUCCAGCCAAAGGAGUGUGGCACCUGGCUUAUUUAAACAGACCUAUCCACUGAACAUCACCUCAAACAGCAGUCUCCUUCCCCUUCACCAUGAUAUUGAAGUGGCACUUUUCAAGGCUGAGGGACAACCCUACUUAAUGGAGGUGAUGUCAGCCCUGCGAGAGCUAUCCGGCCCACUUCCAUACCUGCUGGAAAUGGUUACGUGGUCCUGCUUUUGUAAUGAACGUUUUUCCAUAAGUAUACUACAGCACAUCAAGAUUCAGCUGGAGACUGCACCACCACAUGAACUCAAGAACAUCUUUCAGAUGCUGCUGGAGAUUAUGAUGGUGGAGGACUCUUUACAACCUCAACGUCUAAAGUAUGCAUUUGAAUCUGAUAAAGGACUGCUAGCUCUCAUGCACCAGAGCAACAAUGUGGACAGCAGUCGCUGCUACCAGUGCAUCAAGUUUCUGGUCACCCUGGCCCAGAAGUGCUUACCUGCCAAGGACUACUUCAAGGAACACUCUGGCCACUGGAGCUGGGCAGUGCAGUGGCUUCAGAAAAAGAUGUCUGAGCACUACUGGACUCCUCAGAGCAAUGUGUCUAAUGAGACCUCCACGGCUAAAACCUUCCAACGCACCAUUUCAGCUCAGGACACUUUGGCCUAUGCUACGGCUCUUCUGAAUGAAAAAGAGCAAUCAGGGAGCAGCAACGGUUCAGAGGGUAGCCCCGCCAAUGAGAAUUCGGACAGGAGCCUGCGUCAGGGCUCGGAGUCACCAAUGAUGCUGGGUGAUCCCAAAAGUGACCUUGAUGAUGUGGACUCUUAGGAGACAACGCACAGGUCAAAUGAAAAGUGUAGCGGAAACAAUCAUGGCUUCAUGCAGCCAGGCAACCAGCAGAUGGGGUGCCAAUGGAAUGACUCGGCACACCCCAAACUGCUACUCCUUUGGUGGCCAUCAGUAGGGCCAAGCUGUGUGCAAUCGAGAGGGGCCACGUGCUCUUCCAAGUGGCCGCAGCAAGACAAGGGAGGAGCAGCAGAGUUUACUUUUUAUAUGAAUCAAGAGGACGGGCGAUUUUAAGUUUUUGCUGGUGUAAUUAAAUAGAUGAUUUAAUGUGUAAAGAUUUGUUCCGUAGAUCAAAACAGUGGCUUUAAGAUAUUUUUAAGCAGGGGUGGGGGGUGGGAAUGACCUGUGCAGCCCAGCAACAAAAAAAAAAAAAGUUUCACACAAGCACUUUAAAGUCUAAUAGGGAUGGGGUGGGGCAGGGGUUAAAUGUCUCCAUGGAGAUGGGUACCUGGCAUAGGCACUUGGCAUCCCUAAAUGUGGAAUCGACCCAGCCGCUAGAGUCAGGGCAGUGUUUUUGCCAGACACUUGACCUCUGAGGCGGCACAGCUUGGCCCGGUGCACUCGUGCCUCGGCAAUGACCGCUCUUUGCAUGCUCAUUUUGUUUUUCUUAACACAUUUGCCUUGUUUUUUUUUUGUUUUGUUUUUUUUUUCCCCUCUGCCUUCACUCAUGUCCACCCACAUGCCACGCCCAAAGGCACAGCUAACCACAAGUGCCUUCAGAUUCUCUUGACUGUUCACUUUAUCUUCUUGACAUCUAUGACAGUAUGCUGUCCAUUUCAGUUUGGGUGUCAAAGCGCAUGAGAAUUUGAACUAGAGUCUUUACUGACACCUCUACAAAGUCAGACUUUUUAUUUGAUGUGCUUUUUUUGUUUUAUCAGGUAUGCAGUCUUGAGCGGUUGGUUUCCUGUGCUGCAGUGCAGCAGCCCUUUAGAUAGGGUAGCGAGGUGCUUGUGCUGCACUGGGAGCACUGGGUUUGAGGAAGAUGAGCUUCCUGGAGCCGCCAAGAGGGUCAGCAGUGCCUGACGUGUGCCCGGGUUUUUAUGUGCAGGGAGCACCGCUACCACCCUGGGUGCCCCUCCGAACUAUACUAUGCCUUUUUGAGGCUCUCGAGAUUCUAAAGUGAAGAUUGCUGGUGUCUCAAGAUCUCAUUCUACUUAUGAGGUGAGAGAUUUUUAGGGAUCCUGAAGAUCCGGACCUUGCUAUUAAAACCAGCGAGACUCUGCAUUAGCUAGUUCAGGAUGAGGAAUUCUCACAAUGCUCUUAUUCUUUGUUACAAGAAUUGCUUUUCUGGGGUUUUCCGCUUGGAUCUGUCAGACUUUCCCAUGUGAUGUCUAGGGAUCACAAUGGCCUUAGUUCAUUCAUGUGGGAUCUCAUUUGUUGGUUCGGUCCAAUGAUGACAUUUCAUCCUUUGCAUAGUUCGGUCCAAGCCAGAGAGAAAUGGCAAGAGUUUUGAGGAUUGACUUCUAGGGGACAGGAUGCCCCAUUUGUAGUCCGAUUCCCAUGUGCGAUCCCUGGAAUCACAUGACCUUUUCCUUUUUUUUUUUUUUAAUUUUAUAUGCGUGAUUUGAGAGCCUGCACUGGCGGCUCUUUUUCCGAGUGCCACACAGUUGACCAUUUCUUUUCUAGCGUGGCAGGGGUUGGGAGUGGACGAGGAUCGAUACGGGUUUUUAAUUCAGUAUGUGUCUUUUCUGCUUUGAAUGUUCUUCUGGCUGAAAGCAGUGGUGAUGUGAGAAUUGUGUGCUGCAUGUGGACAGCGAGUUUUCAUUUGUACAGCUGAUACAGUUUGAUAAGCAGACUUUUUCCUAAAUAAACUGGAAUGCACAGUC